AUGUUCCCUGCGCAUCUACCACAGCCCGGCCAUGCACCUCCUGUGCGCAUUGAAGUCGUGCCCAGUCCGCACCCUUGCCGGGUUGCGUGUUCGAGCGAACGAGGGCGCGCACGAUGCUCUAAUAUGAUCGGUAUUCGAUACCAAGCUAGGGUGUUCUCGCUUCCCCUCGCCAGAUGCCAGGCAUGGGCUGCUGCCAGGAAUCUGAUUAGACAUGGCAUGCGGCGUGAGCGCCUCGGUCCGUAUAUCGAUCGAGAAGAGUUUACCAUGGUCGGACCGGACGGGAUUGAGAUUCAUCCUUGGAUGUGGCCCGCUAAUCUGAGGGCGAACGAUGAGGUGGAGCUUCUGUUUUGGCAUGAGCAAGAUGGCGCCGAGCAAGGAUCGAACCCAGAAGAUGCCAUCAACGAAAGGGCAGACCAAGUUGCACAGCGCGAGGGGGCCGUAGCAGACCGAGAAAGAGACGUCGGAGGACGUGAGGAAGCCGCGCGCGCCCGCGAGAGAAACCUAGGACGCCAAGAGGGUCAAAUGAAUGGCCGCGCCCUAGAACACGACCAACGUGCGCGAUCGCUCGACCGACGAGGCGUUGCUCUCGACCAGCGAGGUGCCGCUCAAGACAACAUGCUCCGACCUCCAGCCGGGCCAUUCCCACCACAUGGCGCCCCCGUCCUCGAACCGCCAAAUGGUAAUGAACCACCAAGAUGUCCCCGUCCGAGAUGUCCACGGUGUGGCUCGUGCCGUCGCCGCUGUUUGGAGUUCUUUGCGUGCAAGCGUCGAGUGGGAGACCUCUGUAGACCCUGUGCAGCCCCACCCUGA